AUGUCCAAUACACCACUUCCAUCAGUUGAAGAAGUUAAUAAAUGGAAGCGAAAUGAUGUUACUAAAUUCUUACAGGACAAAAAAGAAGAGUUGGAUCUUGACAAUGAAGACAUCAAUAUAAUUAAAAAUAAUAAGGUCGCUGGUUCAGCUUUCCUCGAGUUGAGUGUGGAUGAACUCAUCCAA